GCGGCGGCGGCGGCGCUGCACGGCGCGGACGGUGGACGCGCCUCUGGGGCCGGGCCAGGCCUUCGGGGAACCGGGACGAAGCAGGGCCGGGCCGGCGGCGGCCGGGGGACCGCGACGAUGACUCUGGAGUCCAUGAUGGCGUGUUGCCUGAGCGACGAGGUGAAGGAGUCGAAGCGCAUCAACGCGGAGAUCGAGAAACAGCUGCGGCGGGACAAGCGCGACGCCCGGCGCGAGCUCAAGCUGCUGCUACUCGGCACUGGCGAGAGCGGGAAGAGCACCUUCAUCAAGCAGAUGCGCAUUAUCCAUGGCGCCGGCUACUCGGAGGAGGACAAGCGCGGCUUCACCAAGCUGGUGUACCAGAACAUCUUCACCGCCAUGCAGGCCAUGGUGCGCGCCAUGGAGACUCUCAAGAUCCUCUACAAGUACGAGCAGAACAAGGCCAAUGCACUUCUGAUCCGGGAGGUUGAUGUGGAGAAGGUCACAACCUUUGAGCACCAGUAUGUGAAUGCCAUCAAGACACUGUGGAGUGACCCUGGUGUCCAGGAGUGUUACGAUCGCAGGCGAGAGUUCCAGCUGUCGGACUCAGCAAAGUACUACUUGACGGACGUGGACCGCAUCGCUACCGUCGGCUACCUGCCCACCCAGCAGGACGUGCUGCGGGUCCGGGUGCCCACGACCGGCAUCAUCGAGUACCCGUUUGACCUGGAGAACAUUAUCUUCAGGAUGGUGGAUGUGGGCGGGCAGAGGUCAGAGCGCAGGAAGUGGAUCCAUUGCUUCGAGAAUGUGACUUCCAUCAUGUUCUUGGUGGCACUAAGCGAGUAUGACCAGGUCCUUGUGGAGUCGGACAAUGAGAACCGCAUGGAGGAGAGCAAGGCUUUGUUCCGCACCAUCAUCACCUACCCCUGGUUCCAGAACUCAUCUGUCAUCCUCUUCCUCAACAAGAAGGACCUUCUCGAAGACAAGAUCCUGCACUCACACCUGGUCGAUUACUUCCCCGAGUUCGAUGGGCCACAGAGGGAUGCACAGGCCGCACGCGAGUUUAUUCUGAAGAUGUUUGUGGACCUGAACCCCGACAGCGACAAGAUCAUCUACUCCCACUUCACCUGCGCCACCGACACUGAGAACAUCCGCUUUGUGUUCGCAGCUGUGAAGGACACCAUCUUGCAGCUAAACCUGAAGGAGUACAACCUGGUGUGACCGUGGCAUGGCUGCCACCAGACCAGCUUCCUCCGCAUCUGGUCACCCAAACCGAGGGACCUGGGCAUACGGGGGCUGGGGCACGUCUCUCUUCCCAAUCACUUCCUGUCCCUGUCCCUGUUCCUCUGUUCUUCAAGGGCAGAGUGGCCUCUUUUAGGCCUUGACGCCAUGUGGCUUGAGUUGUUUUUUGUUUUGUUUUGGUUUGGUUUUUUCCUAGAAAACAAAAAACAAACAAAAAAAAAAAGAAAAUGAAAACCACAUGAACAGCAGUGUGCCCUCCCCAGAGCCACCCCCAGAGCCACAUGGCUAUUAAGGUCAGGGUCACUGCAGCUCGAGCCCAUGGUCCUGAGUUCUGCUCCUCCCCCAGGAAGGCUGGAGGCUUGGUGACCGUGGACUAUCCCUUUUCUAAGUUAUUGAUAUCCCAUAUGCCCUCAGGGCCUGCACCAUCUGCUCCCUAGACUCCAAGAAGUGGGGGUGGGCAGCCCCUGUACCCACCCUGGGAAGUGCCUAAUCUUUUUUGUUUUGUUUUUGUUUUUGAAGAAAAGAGAAAUGUUCUCCAUUCUGACUUGGCAGGCAGGUGACACAUUACAGGGUCUAGUGACCAUAACCCCUGUGUUCCCCUGCUACAGGCAGGGCCUGGCCUUUGGUGAAGUAGGGGUGGGAAGAUUAAGUUCCCAAGACCCUCUGGCUUGGCUAGGGAAGGCCCUGGGGUUCCUGAGGGGCUGCAUGGAGUUGGGCAGCUGGAGGGACUGUCCGAGUCUGUGCCGCUCACACACAGCCCAGUCACGAGCGGGUGCAUAGGGGCCUCUUCCGACAAUUCUCAGGUCCAUACCCAGACAUGGGCAGUGGCCUCGCCCCACGCACUGGUCCCUGGCCAUAGUCACUGCACCAUGCCUGGUGCUUCCUAACCAGAGGGCCAGCAUGUAGGAGGUGAUAGCUGUGGCCAGAGAGGACAUAGGCAGCCCCCCUGCUGCUCAUAUACACUACAGUGUCUGUUUGUCUGUCUGUCUGUCUGUCUGUCUGUCUAUCUGUCUGUCAGUCAGAUAUCUUUACUUUUGCACGUGUGUUCUGGGCUUGGAUAUCCAGCCAUGCCUUUGUCCUGCCUGCCAAGCUGGACUCCAGGCCCCAGAGUGUCCACUCCGACACAUGCCAAUCAUCCCAGGCAGAAGGGAACAAGGGACCAGUGGACAUGACAGAGCCCUAGGGUCUGAUGGGUGGCUAUAAUGAUCACCCACAUUCCUGGCCUCCAGCCCCUGGAUUCCCACACCAGGCUCCUCUCCUGUCUCCAGUUGAGGGUCCCUCUGAUCUGUGCCAUCCUACCCACUACAGACUUGUAUGGAUGGUAGGGUCAUCCUGGCCGCCCACAGACUCCCGGUGAAAGACCCAGGUUCCCACAGCAGGCAUCUGUGCUGCACAGUGGGAAGCGGUUGGGACUGUACACGUGUCUGAGGCUGGACCACCCCAAACCGGCAAAGUGUAAGCCUCUCUUAGGCAGUGUGUGCCAAGUGUGCUGGGCCAUAGUAGCCACAGCCAGAGCUCUGGGCAGUAUCCAGCUCACCCAAGUGUUAGGGGCGGGUUCUGCUUAGGGGAACUGUGUCAGGGACCCUUGGGGCUGUGCCACACAGGUCAAGAUGGGGACCCUAGCCUCCAUACUUCUGACCUGGUCCUCACCAAGAGAUAGCUUGAUUACAGGGGACACACUGGUUUCUUUGUGUCCACCUUGGUGCACUGGGAGUGCCAACCACCAUCCAGCACCCGGUCCAGGGAGCCCAGGCCUGGCCUGUAGUGGCUGCUGUGACCCUUGUAUAUUACACAGUCCUGAUUUCAAAUGUCAGCCUAUUUAAGAGAACACUAAAAACACUGUUUUUAACCCUCGUCCUUUGUGAAGCAUGUUCCUGUGUGAGGGGGAGGCUCAGGCACCCGGCUCAGUGCCAGGCUCUUACAGGCCCUCAGCCAUGGACGCCAGGCUGCAAGCAGCAGGCCGGGGCCCUGACCCCUUAACCCAGAGGGUCUUGCUGAAGCCACCUUUUCAUAUCUUUCUCUUGAAUUCUGUUUUAAAUCGGAAUAAAUUUUGUUCCUAAA